AUGAAUCCCACCAUGUCAUCCUCGCUGUGCACGUUCGCGGCGCUGGCUGGCUCCGCAGGGCGGCCGGGACGCCGGGCCGGCCAGAAGGGCGGCAACAAGCGGGCGGUGGCGCAGCCUCUCGCCGCUGGUGCCGUCACAGAGGCGCCGCCAGCAGUUGUAGUAGCCCCGCCGGCACGCCCUGUCGUCACUGCCCCGCGUCGCCGGGAGGGGCGCACCGGGGGCUCCGGCACCGAGCAGCUCGUUGCGUGGAAGAGCAUCCGGCAGGAGAGGUGGGAGGGCGCGCUCGAGGUGGAGGGAGAGCUGCCUCUCUGGCUGGAUGGCACGUACCUGAGGAACGGCCCGGGCCUAUGGGAUCUCGGGGACUACGGCUUCCGGCACCUGUUCGACGGCUACGCGACGCUGGUGCGCGUCUCCUUCCGCGACGGGCACGCCGUGGGCGCGCACCGGCAGAUCGAGUCGGAGGCGUACAAGGCGGCGCGGGAGCACGGAAAGGUGUGCUACCGCGAGUUCUCGGAGGUGCCCAAGUCGGAGGGCUUCAUGUCGCUCGUCGGCCAGAUCGCCAAGCUCUUCUCGGGCUCCUCCCUCACAGACAACUCCAACACCGGCGUCGUGAGGCUCGGCGACGGCCGCGUGCUCUGCCUAACGGAGACGGUGAAGGGGUCCAUCGUGGUGAACCCGGACACGCUGGACACGGUGAGCAAGUUCGAGUACGAGGACAAUCUGGGCGGGCUGAUCCACUCGGCGCACCCCAUCGUGAAUGACAACGAGUUCUGGACGCUGAUCCCCGAUCUGAUCCGACCCGGGUACGUGGUGGCGAAGAUGGACGCCGGGAGCAACGAGAGGAAGUUCGUCGGCCGUGUGGACUGCCGCGGCGGGCCGGCGCCCGGGUGGGUACACUCGUUCCCGGUGACCGACAACUACGUGGUGGUUCCGGAGAUGCCGCUCAGGUACUGUGCCGCCAACCUCCUCCGCGCCGAGCCCACGCCGCUGUACAAGUUCCAGUGGCACCCCGAGUCCGGGAGCUACAUGCACGUCAUGUGCAAGGCCAGCGGCAAAGUGGUGGCGAGCGUGGAGGUUCCCCCGUUCGUGACGUUCCACUACAUCAACGCGUACGAGGAGAAGGACGAGGAGGGGCGGGUGACGGCGAUCAUCGCCGACUGCUGCGAGCACAACGCCGACACCUCCAUCCUCGACAAACUCCGCCUCAACAACCUCCGGAGCUUCACCGGCGAGGACGUCCUCACCGAUGCCAGGGUGGGGAGGUUCAGGAUUCCACUGGACGGGAGCCCGAUCGGCGAGCUAGAGGCGGCGCUGGACCCCGAGGAGCACGGCCGUGGCAUGGACAUGUGCAGCAUCAACCCCGCUCACGUCGGCAAGGAGUACCGCUACGCCUACGCCUGCGGGGCGCAGAGGCCGUGCAACUUCCCCAACACGCUCACCAAGAUCGACCUGGUGGAGAAGACGGCCAAGAACUGGUACGAGGAGGGCGCCGUGCCGUCCGAGCCGUACUUCGUGCCACGCCCCGGCGCCGUCGAGGAAGACGACGGCGUGGCGAUAUCGAUGGUGAGCGCCAAGGACGGCUCGGGCUACGCGCUGGUUCUCGACGCCAAGACGUUCCAGGAGGUCGCGCGGGCCAAGUUCCCCUACGGGCUGCCCUACGGCUUGCACUGCUGCUGGGUGCCCAGGGACAAGUAA